GAGCCCUCCCGGGCGGCGCUCGCUGGGAUGCCCGAGCUGGGCUAGCAUGGCCCGGAGCCCCCCUCCGCUGCUCCUCCUCCUCCUCCUCCUCUUCCUCCCUCCGCUGCUGCAGAGCCGGGGCUGCUCGCCCUGUUUCUGGUUCGCCACGCCGGACACGGUGCAGUGCCGCUUCGUGGAGCUGCAAGAGCCGCCGGCGGAGCUGCCGUCCGCGGUGCGCAACCUGACGGUGGUCGGUGCCAACCUGACAGUGCUGGGCCGGGCGGCCUUUGCAGGCGGUUGGGGACCGCGGGCUUCUUCGCCUCGCCGACCGUUGCUCCACUUAACGUUGCUGGCGUUGCUCCGAAGCCGCAUCGAAGCGCUGGAGGAGGCAGCCUUCGCCGGGCUGCCGUCCCUGGCAGCUCUGGAUUUAAGCCACAACCCGCUGCGCCGCGUCUCGCCCGGAGCUUUCCUCUACUGCGCCCGUUUGCACCGGCUCAGCCUCAACGGGGCGCUGACGGACGGACGGACGGCCGAGGAGCUGCUGGGCUCGGCUCUGACUAACCUCAGCCUUGCGCGGCUGGAGCUGGCCGGGAACGGCUUGCGUGCUCUGCCUGCGGGCUGGGCGCUGCCGGCGUCUUUGCAAGAGCUGGACGCGCGCAACAACUCGCUGCAGGCGCCGCGGCCCGACGGGCUGGCUGCGCCUCUGCUGCGCUUGCAGCUGGCGGGCAAUCCCCUGACUUGCGACUGCCCCGCUCUGCGACCGUUGCUGCUCUGGCUGGGCAACGCCACGUGGCGGGCGCCGGAUCGGCGGGAGCUGCGCUGCGCUUCCCCGCCGCAACUGCGGGACGCGCUGGUUCUGCGCCUUCGGCCGCGGCAGCUCAAGUGCCUGGAGGAAGGGGCGGCUUGGGGGCUGCUGGAGCCCGUCGGCGGGCCGGAGCCGAAGGAGCUGGAGACCGUCUCGUACGUUUUCCUGGGCAUCGUGCUGGCAUUGAUCGGGCUGGUUUUCCUGAUGGUGCUCUACCUAAACCGACGGGGCAUUAAGCGGUGGCUGAACAACCUGCGGGAGGCGUGCCGGGAUCAGAUGGAGGGCUACCAGUACCGGUAUGAGCAGGACAGCGACCCCCGGCGGGCCAGCCCGGGUGGUCUCUGAAACCGGGCACCGAUGGGGCAGAUGGAGGACAGCUGCUGACCCCUCCCUCCAGAUCUCGUCAGACUGGCUGAGUUGGGGAGGUUGGUACCCCAAGCUUUCUCUCUGAGGCAGCUUCGUCUGAUCUCCUGCCCCCCCCCCCAAAAAAAAAUUGCACCUGGGGGGGGGGUGGCUUUGGCCAGCACCGGCUGGAUGAGAUGUUGAGGGGUGCUGGGCUGGAGCUUGCUGCCCUUGCCAGUUGCCCCGUAUCCCGAGAUGCCAACCUGAUGGUGACUCCUGGGAGCUAAGCAGGGUCAG